AUGGCUGUCCUUCGUGUGGCCUGCGCACUGCUGCUCCUUUUCUACUUCGAGAAUGCUUGCGCCAUCAGAGGGGGCGAUGUCUCGGAAGUGACAUGCAAGGAGAAGUUUGCCGUCGCCGCCGCGAAACAACACUUCAUGAGCGAGGUGGCGAAGAUGCCAGCUACCACCAAAGCCGUGUGCAACUGGGCCGCGAAGGGACAAGAUCCAGCUGCCAGGGAGGAGGCGCUGACCUACAUGCGCGACGAGCUACAGUCACAGAAGGUGACCGGGUGCACCCAAGAGAUGUUGGAGAAAGGCUUGGACGGGUAUUGUGCCUGCGUGAAGCCCAUGAAGACAGGCUUGGAAGAGUAUUGUGCCUGUUCGAAGCGCGUGGAGAAAGGCUCGAAAGAGCAAUGUGCAUUUGUGGAACCCUCUGUGAAGUGA